AUGGAUUCCUUGGACCAUAUGCUGACGGACCCCCUGGAACUGGGUCCGUGUGGAGAUGGCCAUGGGGCACGGAUUAUGGAGGACUGCCUCCUGGGGGACACCAGGGUCAGUCUGCCGGAGGACCUUCUGGAGGAUCCCGAGAUAUUCUUUGAGGUGGUCAGCCUCUCCACGUGGCAGGAAGUGUUGAGUGACUCCCAGCGGGCGCACCUCCAGCAGUUUCUGCCCCGAGUUCCAGAGGACAGCACUGAGCAGCAGAACCAGCUGCUCCUGGCCCUGUUCAGGGGCGAGAACUUCCGCUUCGGGAACCCCCUGCACAUCGCCCAGAAGCUCUUCCGAGAUGGACACUUCAACCCUGAGGUGGUCAAGUAUCGGCAGCUCUGCUUCAAGUCGCAGUACAAGCGGUACCUCAACUCCCAGCAGCAGUAUUUCCACCGGCUGCUGAAGCAGAUUCUGGCUUCCCGGAACGACCUCCUGGAAAUGGCCCGUCGGAGCGGCCCGGCCCUUUCCUGGCGGCAGAAGCGCCCUUCCCCGUCCCGCACCCCCGAGGAGCGGGAGUGGCGCACGCAGCAGCGCUACCUGAAGGUCCUGCGGGAGGUGAAGGAGGAGUGCGGUGACACGGCCCUGUCGUCCGAUGAGGAGGAUCUCAGCUCAUGGCUCCCGAGCUCCCCAGCGCGCUCUCCCAGCCCCGCGGUGCCCCUGAGGGUGGUGCCCACGCUUUGCACCACAGACAUGAAAACUGCAGAUAAGAUAGAGCUGGCGGACAGUGACCUGAAGAUAAUGCUGAAGAAGCACCAUGAGAAGCGGAAACAUCAGCCGGAUCACCCGGACCUUUUGACGGGGGACCUGACUCUCAAUGACAUCAUGACUCGCGUCAAUGCUGGCAGGAAAGGCUCUCUAGCAGCCCUGUAUGACUUGGCUGUCCUUAAAAAAAAGGUUAAGGAGAAAGAGGAGAGGAAGAAGAAGAAAAUAAAAGUGAUCAAAUCAGAAGCAGAGGACUUGGCCGAGCCCUUGAGCGGGACGGAAGGGCUCCCGCCUCUCUCACAGGCUCCGUCUCCGCUGGCAGCGCCUGCCAUCAAGGAGGAGCCUCUGGAAGACCUCAAGCCUUGCCUGGGAAUCAAUGAGAUAUCUUCCAGCUUCUUCUCUCUCCUCCUCGAGAUCUUGCUGCUGGAGGGGCAGUCUAGCCUUCCUGUGCUGGAGGAGCGUGUUCUGGAUUGGCAGUCCUCUCCGGCCAGCUCCCUCAAUAGCUGGUUCUCUGCAGCCCCCAACUGGGCGGAGCUGGUGCUACCAGCCUUGCAGUAUCUUGCUGGAGAAAGCCGAGCCGUGCCUUCCAGUUUCUCCCCAUUUGUUGAAUUCAAGGAGAAGACCCAGCAAUGGAAAUUGCUUGGCCAGUCCCAAGACAACGAGAAGGAGUUAGCUGCGCUCUUCCAGCUGUGGCUCGAAACCAAAGACCAGGCCCUCUGCAAGCAAGAAAACGAGGACAGCUCAGACGCCACCACGCCUGUUCCUCGGGUAAGAACUGACUAUGUGGUGCGGCCCAGCACCGGGGAGGAGAAACGAGUGUUUCAGGAGCAGGAGCGUUACCGGUACAGCCAGCCCCACAAGGCGUUCACCUUCCGGAUGCACGGCUUCGAGUCGGUGGUAGGGCCCGUGAAGGGCGUGUUUGAUAAGGAGACCUCCCUCAACAAGGCUCGGGAGCACUCCCUGCUGCGCUCGGACCGGCCCGCCUACGUCACCAUCCUCUCUCUGGUUCGAGAUGCCGCAGCUCGGCUUCCCAACGGCGAGGGCACGCGGGCAGAGAUCUGCGAAUUGCUCAAGGACUCCCAGUUCCUCGCACCAGAUGUCACCAGCACUCAGGUGAACACGGUGGUGAGCGGGGCCCUGGACCGGCUGCAUUAUGAGAAGGACCCCUGCGUGAAGUACGACAUCGGGCGCAAGCUGUGGAUCUACCUGCACCGUGACAGGAGCGAGGAAGAGUUCGAGCGGAUUCACCAAGCGCAAGCGGCGGCAGCGAAAGCCAGGAAAGCCCUUCAGCAGAAACCCAAGCCCUCAGCUAAGGUGAAGUCCAGCAGCAAGGAGAGUUCACUGAAGGUCCUCAGCAGCGGCCCUUCUGAGCAGAGCCAGAUGAGCCUCAGCGACUCCAGCAUGCCGCCCACCCCCGUCACCCCCGUGACGCCCACCACGCCAGCUCUGCCCGCCACCCCCAUCUCCCCUCCACCCGUGUCGGCAGUCAGCAAGAGUGGUCCUACCACUGUGCCAGAGCCGGCGAAAUCCAGCUCCAGUGUCCUUCUGGUCUCCUCGCCAACGAUGCCACAGCUGGGAACCAUGCUCUCCCCAGCCGCCAGCCAGACGCCGCCGAGCUCUCAGGCCGCUGCCCGUGUCGUGAGCCACUCCAGCUCGGCGGGCCUCCCCCAGGUACGGGUGGUGGCCCAGCCUGGCCUUCCUGCUGUCACCCAGCAGUCAGCGGGGCCAGCACAGACACUGCCGCCGAUCCCAGCAGGCCCACAGAUCCGCGUGCCAGCCACCGCUACACAGACCAAGGUCGUGCCCCAGACAGUCAUGGCCACCGUCCCAGUCAAAACUCAGACCGCGGCGGCCACUGUGCAGCGGCCGGGAGCCGGGCAGACGGGACUCACGGUGACCAGUCUCCCUGCCACCGCCAGCCCUGCGAGCAAGCCAGCCACCAGCUCUCCUGGCAGCUCUGCCCCGAGCGCGUCCACAGCCACCGUCAUUCAGAAUGUGAGCGGGCAGAACAUCAUCAAGCAGGUGGCGAUCACGGGGCAGCUUGGCGUGAAGCCCCAGACAGGCAACAGCAUCCCACUCACCGCCACUAACUUCCGCAUCCAGGGCAAGGACGUGUUGCGCCUGCCGCCCUCUUCCAUCACCACAGAUGCCAAAGGCCAGACGGUCCUGCGGAUCACACCGGACAUGAUGGCCACGUUGGCCAAGUCCCAGGUGACCACAGUCAAACUGACCCAGGACCUCUUCGGGACAGGAGGCGGCACGGCAGGCAAAGGCAUCUCUGCUACCUUACACGUCACUUCCAACCCCGUCCACGCCACGGACAGCCCCGCCAAGGCCAGCUCCGCCAGUGCCCCCGCGUCCACUCCAACGGGCACCACCGUGGUCAAAGUGACUCCGGACCUCAAGCCGGCGGAAGGCUCGGGGUCGGCUUUUCGCUUGAUGCCCGCACUCGGGGUGAGUGUGGCCGACCAGAAGGGGAAAAGCACAGUGGCCUCGUCGGAAGCAAAGCCAGCCGCCACCAUCCGCAUCGUGCAGGGCCUGGGCGUGAUGCCGCCCAAGGCCGGCCAGACCAUCACCGUGGCAGCCCAUGCCAAGCCAGGGUCCUCGGUGGCCAGCGGGUCUGGAACUGUUCACACGUCAGCCGUGUCCCUGCCCAGCAUGAACGCUGCUGUGUCCAAGACUGUGGCCGUGGCCUCGGGGGCCGCAAGCACCCCCAUCAGCAUCGGCACGGGAGCCCCCACGGUGCGGCAGGUGCCCGUCAGCACCACGGUGGUUUCCACGUCCCAGGCCGGGAAGCUGCCGACGCGGAUCACGGUCCCCCUCUCUGUGAUCAGCCAGCCUAUGAAGGGCAAGAGUGUGGUCACAGCCCCCAUCAUUAAAGGCAACCUCGGAGCCAACCUCGGAGGGUUGGGUCGCAACAUCAUCCUCACCACCAUGCCAGCGGGCACCAAGCUCAUUGCCGGCAACAAGCCUGUGAGCUUCCUCACUGCCCAGCAGCUGCAACAGCUCCAGCAGCAGGGCCAGGCCACCCAGGUGCGCAUCCAGACCGUCCCCGCGUCCCACCUCCAGCAGGGAACAGCCUCGACUUCCUCCAAAGCGGUCUCCACGGUGGUUGUGACCACAGCUCCGUCUCCUAAGCAGGCACCUGAGCAGCAGUGA